AUGCUCAAGCUCAAGAUCGAGCUCCAGGAAAAGACUGGCAGUACGCAAGGCGCGGCGACUGAUGCCAGUGCGGGACAGGCGCUUGCUAGGGCAGCCCCCGACGUCUUCAGCCCCAACAAAUUGAUUCCGCCGUUCAACGAGGAACGGGAUGACCUAUACGCCUACUUGAAGCGUUUCGAGGGAGUUUCGUCAAGCCAAGACUGGCCCCGCACGAAAUGGGCACUCUCCCUCAGCAUGUGUCUGACCGGAGAGGCCUUGACGGUCAUAGGGCGACUCGACUAUAACUCAGCCACAGAUUACGACCAGCUGAAGGCAACCAUGCUCCAGCGUUUUCGGUACACCGCUGAGGGGUAUCGCGAAAAGUUCCGAAACGCGAGACCCGAAGACAACGAGACCGCCAUGCAAUACGCCGGAAGGAUAUCUGGCUACUUCGACCACUGGAUUGAAAUGAGCCAAACAGACAAGAGUUUUGACUCUCUUCGCGACGCCAUGAUCGGUGAGCAGUUCUUGGAAGGCUGUUCUAUGCCUCUACGAGUAUUUUUGAAGGAAAGGAAUUGCAACACCCUCGACGCGCUGGCGAAGAAUGCCGAGUGCUUCAUAGAGGCACAACACCUCACUAAUAUGAGCAAGGAGAACACCCUCAAAAAGGCCACGGUUGAGCAUUCUGGCAAGGCGGAAAUACCGAAGACGUCUAGGUCAACCGACCGGUGCUUCCUCUGCAACAAGACGGGUCAUCGAGCUUCGGAGUGCUGGUCCCGGAGUAAAGGAACACCUGCGGACCGCGGAUGGUCUCGUAGAAGCGGUCCAGGAGGAGGACCCUCAAGACAGGAGAGAGGACAAGCUUCGUGUAUGAUGGCACCAUCGCCGCCCGAAAAUCCUACAGACGAAGGGGAUGGGUACGUCGUACUGCAAAACGGCGAAACGAUUCCCAUAGUCAAUACGACAUUAAUGCCACCAGGCCCCGGAUGCGACGUCGCAAAGCUGCCAGUACGUAGGGGCUUCCUUGAAUCGCAACCGGUAUCGGUCCUACGAGACACUGGUUGCAACACGGUAGUUGUGGGGCAUUCGUUGAUACCUCGGGAGAAAAUGACAGGCACAACAAUCCCGGUGUUCCUGUUGGAUCGCACGAUUCAUUAUCUACAGGAAGCCAUGGUAUUUCUCGACACGCCAUUCUUUACAGGCCUUGCGCGGGUUAAAUGCAUGCGGGACCCCUUGUAUGACGUGGUGCUGGGGAACAUUGAAGGAGCCCGGCCACCUAAUGACCCGGUCAGUUUGUAG